AUGCAACAAAUAUAUCGAGGUGGUGGGCCGCACGGUCAGGCACUUACUCACCAAGCGGUUACCUCGUACUCAGAUAAUCCGCUCCCCGGUAUGGAGCACUCCGAUCCCCUUUUCACGAGCGAGAAGAGUCCCGGCAUGGAAGAUUAUGAGAUUAAGGAAAAGAAGCAAGCCGCUGCUGAUGUUUUAUUCCAGUACUCACGAUUUGUUAUGGUGUGCAUUGGGGAGGGAGUUCGACCUUGUGAUUUAAGACUGCAUUUAAUGAAGGAGCUUUCUGGCAUGCCGACUUCUUUAAAGAAAGAGCCGCAAACAGCAGCUUCCGAAGUGGCAUGCGAACCAUCGAGCUCAGGUGGCACAGUUAGAAGAGAGAAAACGGAAAGCUUCCAAGCACUUUAAGUAGCAUGGGGACAGCCGAUCGCUUGGUUGACCUUUACCGACUGACCGGCCAGCAUGUUGUUUGGUUUAUGGAGGUGGGCAUCACUUGAUUUCUGCUGGUGAAUCUGUCCUGUUUCAUUUUCGUUAUUUUCCAUCUCCACUCUUUACAACUUGCGACCACAUGCAUGUUCUCUCAAACAUUAUGUAUCUAGUUUUAAUUUGUACAUAUGAAUGAUUCUAGUGAAUGUUUAAUCCUGUGUGAUGCACUUGUGUUGCUGACCCCAUAGAAGCUAUUAGCUUGAUCGUUCAUUGCA